AUGUUCAUUGCAUCUUCUUUCACUAUCAAUCAUCUAGCAGGACCAGGAAAAUCUCGUUAUUGGAAGAAGGGUGCCCCGCCAAAGUCAACCAAGGCCUUGAAUGCCUCCAUUUCCGGCACUAUACCUAAAUCCACUGCGUCUAUCAGCAUGUGCAUCGCUACAUUCACAAGAACGUUGCUUGGCUACGAUAGUAUCACCAAAGCUUAUCCUUUGAGCCCCACGCCCCAAGAGCUUGCCCAGCUACCAAGUCUCGAACAACAAUACAUAUUAUCUGAUCAACGUGUAAUACAUGCCGACUUGAUUGAGACUGGAGAUACAAACAUGACACGUUCCAUGGCUCUGUUCUCAGCAGACUUGAGGAAUCAUGGUAUCCACCGAGUAACAUUCGAUUGGAACGCGCCGAACAAUAGUCAUUGGAACCGAACUAUGGCCAUCUUUGUGGCAAAACAUUGGAUGUAUUCAAGGACGCGAGGAUUAUUCAAAGAAAAAUCUGUCAACAAAUUACACUGUACUGAAUUCAACUGUAUCAGCCUGGUCCUUCGCUGGGUACGAGGACGAAGCGAGGAGAUCCGGAAUGGCCGGCGAUCUCCUGCAAAGAGGUUAAAGAAGGAGACUGGAAGAAAAAAGAAACAGCUCUUUGAAUAUCGACAUCAGUCCCUUUCGCGUUUACUUGGAUCCGAAGAAAGUGCUUCUGAGCUGAUGCCCGAUUCAGAUUGCUGCUCGGAAACCGAAUGGCAGCCAGAAGAAACUCAAUACAAAUCAAUUGGUUUGAUCUGGCGAAGUAGUCAGUACAGCCAGAUCCUCCAUCAAAUAGACAAACUGUCUUUCAGAUACAAGGCAUCGAUUGCGAGUCCACUCUUGGCAAGUCGGCGAUUUGAUCAAUGCAGAACCAAAGCGACCGAGAUCAAUUGGCUAGCGCCAGUCUGUUGCGGACUUCCAGAGAACUGCUAUGAGCAAGUCUUUCUCGCAAAGCUCACUGAUGAAGCUAGGACUGCUUUGAACGUAAAACCACCUUCAGAUGCUUUGAACACGCUGCCCCCAAUGAUUGUAUCAUCCCUUCUGUAA